AUGCUCCGAAUACACCAGAAAUGCCACAGAGGAAAGAAACCCCAUAAAUGUGACGAGUGCGGGGACAGCUUUGCCUGCAAGUCCUAUCUUAGCGCGCACCAGUAUGCCCACACAAGGGGGAAACCGUACAAGUGCACAGAGUGCGGGAAGUGCUUCGCUGUAAAGGGAUCCCUUUGGCAACAUCAUAUAAUUCACUCGGGGGAGAAGCCCUUUCAGUGCAUCGAGUGUGGAAUAUUUUUUCAUAGCAAAGGGGGCCUCAAGCGUCACGGACAAGUUCACAAAGGAAGAAAAGAUUACAAAUGUUUAGACUGUGGGGCAGCAUUUGCUUAUUUGUCGACCCUUAGAAAACACAGCCAGAUAAAGCACGUAGGGGUGACCUCCCUCAAAUGUUUGGAGUGCGGUAAAUGUUUUUCCAGGAAUGACAGCCUUUUGAGGCAUCAGAGAAUUCACACCCAAGAAAAACCGUACAAAUGUCUGGAGUGUGGGAAAUCUUUCUCUUACAAAAAAGGUCUGAAAAUCCACGAGAGGAUUCACACCGGGGAGAAACCUCACACCUGCAGGGAAUGUGGGAAGGAGUUUGUUCAUAUUUGUGACCUUCGGACUCACGAGAAGAUUCACACCGGGAUCAAAUCCCAUAAGUGCGCUGAGUGCGGAAAAUGUUUCGGUUGGAGUUCGUCUCUUCGGAGGCAUAAGAAAAUACACAAACGCCUGAGCUAUUACGGCCCAUACAUAACAAAAUGUAUGAAGGAAAUGGAAAAUGUCAAACCUCAAGUUCACAAUUACUCAAGCAUUGAGGUACCCACAAACGAACUGCUGGAAACGUUGGUAUUUCUUGCAAGACACCUGAAACCUCAUUCUGGAUGA